UUAUGGUCAAUAUUUUUAUUAGAGCAAAAAAAUUACAAAAAUUUACUUAGAAAAACAAUUAAAACCAAUACAUUUAAAUGCAAUGGCACCUUUCAAAUAAUAAAUAAAUUUACAGUCCUUUAUUUACGUAGAACCGAUUUGUAGAACUUGACAGGCAUUUAUUGUAUACAUACCAACAUGAUAAAAAUAAUUCUUUGGAACGGAAAUAAACACUACUUUUCCCACGCGAUUUUCUUUCAAGUGAGGUUAGUCGUUAAAUUUUUGAAUUGAAAUAUCAUUUGUUAAAUCGAAAAUUACAUCUAAGUAGUAGUAACAAUAUCAUUGUUUAUGGUAAAGAGCAGAAGUUUUUUACCCGGAUUUCCCUAGUGUUUGGACGAAAAUCUGCGUAAACAACUAUAAGUGGCUAAAAUGGAUUUCCGUAUUUUGGAUGCAACCGAUUCCAUUGACACAAUCAAAUGUACUUCUUGUAAAAACUACUUAUCUUAUUUUCCUAUUAUGGCAAGUCAAGAUGAAAUAUUAUGUGGGAGGUGCCCUAUGAAAGAUGGUCUUAAUCGAAUCGUUCCUUAUGAGACUUUGGCCCAAUUUCUGCGAUUUCCUUGUCGUUACCAACCGCAAGGUUGUAACGAAGAGUCAUUUCCAAGGGAUAUACCUCAUCAUGAAGAAAAGUGCAAGUUUCGGGUAUUCCCCUGUCCUAUGCCUGAGCCAGUGGCGUGCGAAUGGGAAGGUCCGCGGAUUGACUUGCUAAGUCACUGUCUCAAUUCUCACUCUGACUUGGUGUUGCAAAAUGGCGGCAAAUUUAAACUAGAUUUGACACGUCCAUCCACUUUUCGUAAUAUUGUCGAAUACAAGAAUGUUUUGUUGUUUUUUGAAAGAAAAUACGAUCCCGAGAACAAAAUGUUCAAAUUUGCACUUUAUAGGAGCCAGUAUGAUCUUGAAACUGAGAGUUUUUCCUAUCAGUUGGGAAUUGAAUCCGAAGACUUGAAUUUAAGUGUCAAUUUAACGACAUCGACAAGUCAACAGCAGAAUAAUGAUUUAAAAGAGAUUGGCCUCAGUUAUUUACAAAAAACUGAUACAAAUAUGAUAGCGCUCGGCCACUUAGUUAUAGGAGAGGACAGCAAAGGUAGCGCACAAGUCGCUGAAGAAAUGCUUUCUCUUUUAAAGUGCUCAAAGUGUUCCGAAUAUGCGAUUCCACCGAUUUAUCAUUGUUCUGAAAAAUGCAACGUUGUGUGUGCAGAAUGUUACAAUUAUCAUCAACAAGUCUGCACUUUUGCUUUAGUCGGAAAUAUUAGUGUUGAUAAAAUGGCUCAGUUUUUGAAUUAUCCGUGCAAAUAUAAACGAAAUGGCUGCACUUUUAUCUCCAAAUUUGAUAAAAUGUGUCAACAUCACGUCAACUGCGAAUUACGUGAGAUAUAUUGUCCAUUAAAAUGCAAUUGGAACGGAAUGGUAAAAGAUUUGAUGGUUCAUAUGCAAACAGAUCAUGCAUCCGAUGUGUCGCCUAAUGGAACUACGUUUUUUGAACAAAUACAUUCAUCAAAAAGUUAUAAAAUAAUUAAUUUUAUGAAUCGAGUUUUUCUAUUAAUUUAUGAAAAAAGUGCACCAGACUAUUAUUUUGCAGUUCAAGCGGUGGACCCAUGUUUGGGUAAUUUGAAAUUUCAUAUUGAAAUUUUAGAUCCUUCUAAAUCCGGGAUGGCGUUGAAUUCUACAAAAAUUUGUGAAAAAAUUAAGGAUAAGGUUUUUACUGAUAAUAAUAAUAAUAAUUAUGCCGUCUUUACUGACAUUAACAACUUCGAAAUAAACAAUUAUUUAACCUUUAAGGUAACUAUUCUGGAAUAAAAUUCUAAUGUUUUGUACUUUUAUAUUGUUAUUUCCCUUAAAUAAAAAUUUGUAUAUUCAUAAAAAAAAAAUUAUUCAUGUCAAAAUUUAGGGUUUUUCUCCCGUGUAAGGAAGUUUUGACAACUGUUUGACAUUUCUCAAUACGAAUAAACGUCUGAUUCUUCUUAAUUAAAGCAAGUUUAAGCUUUGUUGAGCCAAAUUAGAAGAAUACAGUGUUGUAUUCAACUCGUUUGGGGUUAAAUCAGACGCUUUAUUUCACCUCGUGGAUGAUAAACCACUCGGUGAAAUAAUGCGUCCCAUUUACACUCGAACUCGUAGAAUAAAUAACUAUACUCGUUUUCAUAUUAAUGUGCAUCGAAACAAUCCUAAUCUCAAUCUUUCCUAAAAAUUAUUUUUUUUUAAAUAAAUCUGUACCCCAUUUAGCAAAACAUAAUUAAAAUUAACAACGUAAUUAACAUAGAGUAGCAAACAUAAAGAUUUUUGUCAUUAUUGAUGUGACAUUAACGACACUUUGUGUGAAUUGGCCUUUAAAUUAAAGAUGCAUUUAGACUUCUACAACCUACUUGAUGCACAUUAAUAUAAAAAAUAGUAUAUUUAUUUCAUAUUUCAUAUCCACUUUAAAGAAAACAAAACAAAGUGUUUGUUAAAUUGGUAAUUAACAAAUGUAAACUAAAUUUGACAAUUUUUGUUUUCUGUCUCUCGAGGAUGUAAAUGUUUUAUUUUAAAAUUCUGCUUGAUUUACCAAAAAAUUCAAAUCAUGGGCUGGAGGGGGCCAUACAUUUGUGUAGUAUUACUAGCAAACUGUUAUGUAACCAAAGUAAUAAAUAAAUA